AUGAUUGCCAAAAUCGAGCCGGAAGAGCACCAAAUCCACCAGGAUCUCGCACCGAUCAUCGUUGCGGGCCUAAGGUCCACGCCUCGCUCCUUCCCUUCAUUGCUUCUUUGGGAUGAAUAUGGACUUUCUGUAUACGAGAAGAUCACCAAUUCAAAGGAUUACUACCCCUCACGAGUAGAGGCUGAAGUUCUAAGAGAUAAUGUUGAUAGUAUCAUCUCAACCAUUGCUCCAAAUUCUGUGAUUCUCGAGCUCGGAAGCGGCUCCCUCCACAAAACAGGCAUCCUACUCUCAGCUCUAGCAGCCGCCAAAACCCCUAUUGACUACUACGCCCUCGACGUAUCCGCAUCCUCCGUCUCCCAAUCUCUAUCCGACCUCCGAACCCGCCUCAAUCAUUCCCCCCACGUACAAUGUCACCCCCUCAUCCUCACCUACGCCGAUUCCAUCCAAUGGCUCAUGGACACCCCCUCUCUUCACAAUCGCGACAUCCAUAUUCUCUGGCUCGGAAGCUCCAUUGCCAAUGAAAGUCCCAAGGAAAUCUCAACCCUGUUCACCGGCUUCGCACAUGCGUUUCGUCAUAGUGGGUUGCGCAGCUUGAGGUUCCUGGUCGGUGCGGAUGGCUGUAAGGAGAGAGAGUUGGUGCAAAAUGCUUAUGAUACGAGAGACGGGUUGAGUAGGAAAUUCGUGUUGAAUGUUCUGACUAAUGCCAAUAGAGCGCUAGAAGUAGAUGUUUUUGAAGAGGGAAAGUGGGCGUUUAGUGGGGAGUGGGAGGAGGGUAGUGAACAGUAUAGAACUAGUAUUGUGGCAGUGGAAACGCAGAAGUUAAUCCUAGGAGAGGAAGAGGUAACGGUGAAUGAGGGCGAGAAGGUCACGGUUAUCGUCUCGAGGAAAGUGGGCAGAAUGGAUAUGGAGGGUUGGUGUAAGGGAACGGGCGUAGAAUUGGGGAAAGUCUGGACGCAUGCCAAGGUGGAUUAUUCUUUCUUCGAAUUACUCACUACUUUUCAGAAGUGA